AUGCCAGAAGUAAUUACACAAAGCUUCAGUCUCAACCUACGUGGAAUGAGAGUGUUCGGUUUAUACCCUCCAAACCGCUAUAAAAAUCUAUACCGAGUGCUAACUUACAUUUUGUACUUUUUACUCAUAGUUCCAGUUCCAAUUCUGCAGUGUCUCAAUCUUUAUUUGCAAGACGAUCUCAGUUUUAUGCAAAUCGCCGACAACACUUUCUUAAUAGCGGAGCUGGGGUGCUUCAUUCCAAAAUUUUGGCCGUUUUUGAAUAAUGGUGAAAGAAUCAAAAAUUGUAUCCAUUAUUUUGAUGCUCCGGUUUUUGAAGUGGAGAGGAAAGAGCACAGGAAGAUUUUAGAGGAAGGGGUUAAAGUUUGUAGAACUACGACAAAGCUAUUUUUUACGUCUGUAACAGCAGGAUUUAUGAGUUGGUCUUGUAGACCUAUUGCUUGGAAAAAUCAUAUUUUUCCGACUGAUUUGUGGCUACCUUUUGACCCUAACACAGCCCCGACUUUUUAUAACUGUUGUGUUUAUGUAUAUCUAGUGUUAGCUGUUGGUUAUGGGGCUUACACUAGUGCAGCUGUUGAUCCUUUAGUCGCUGGAUUAGCCUAUCAGGCUACAGUUCAGAUACAAAUACUCAAAAACAACUUACAAUUUCUUGGGGAAUACGUAGACGAAGAAAUGUUGUCAUCGAACGAUAUUUCUUUAAAUAAGAAUCAUCUGUUUUUUGAAAAAGUGAAACAAUGUGUUAUUCACCACAACAGAAUUUUAGAUUUUGUCGAAGAAUACGGGAGAUGUUUUUCGCAAAUUGCCUUCAGCCAGUUUGCUGGAGGUGUGGUCGUUUUUUGCGUUUCGUGUCUUCAGCUUACCAUAGUGGACGUUCUAAGUUUCAAUUUUUUGGCAAUGAUGAUGUAUUUAAUUGCUAUGUUGACAGAAGUUUAUCUUUAUUGUCAUUUUGGGACGAUUUUGUUUGAAGAGAAUAAUACUAUAAAUACAGCAGUUUAUUUAAGCAAGUGGUACGAAUUCGACGUGAAAACAAAGAGAGCUUUGAUUGUUUUGAUGGAACGUGCAAAAAGACCUAUGGUGAUUAGAGUUGGAAAAAUCUUCGAUAUGUCUUUGGUCACUUUUACAAUGAUAUUGAGACGAUCUUAUUCUUUGUUGGCAGUUUUGGAGAACUACAAUCUAGAAUUCAACUAA